ACUAUUUUUGUGAUAAAAAUUUUAAAAAGACUAUCCUAAAACAUUUUUCUAAAAAAAUCUAAGAAUUAUUAUUAAAAUAUACUAAAUUAGGUUUAACAUAUUUCAAUUUAGAGUUAGAUAUUCUCAAAAUUAAGGAUAUCCUUGUGUACGUGUUCACUUUUGUCUCGUAAAUAGAUAAACAUUAAAAGGAUAUGUGAUUUAACGGUCGAGGUUAGAUGGAAAGUAAGAUAGUAAUAAGUGGGUGGUCUUAUCAUCCAUGAUAAAGACAAAACCAAGCCAGCUGUAACUCGGUUUGCUUUCACUGGUACCACAUAAACACAUAAUCGAUUAUUACUUAGUAAUUAAUAUAACUAAAAAUAGACAAAACCAGUCGUACUGCUCCAAUAUGUUUGUAUUUGUUGUACCAACAUACAAGGAGAACACAAUAGCCAGCGAUAGAGUCAUAGAGACAAAUAACAUGUUGCUUCUCUAUAAAAACGAUUCUAAAAACGCAACUAUUUAUGAUUGGUUACCAACUUGCUUUAAGAUAACUAUUCCAAAACGUAAUUAACUAUGCAAUCUAUUGACUGAUUAUCAAAUCAACUAUUUAUUGUUUUCUUUGGAGUUAUGAUGCUAAACUGGAAUCUGCAUUCCUGUCUUUCUAAUAUCAUUAUGACAUUUCUAAAAUGUAAAACAGCUAUAGUUGCCUGGUAAUGCUAUUGCAAUUAACAUAACGUAUCACACGAUUAUUUGCAGAACAUAUUUAAAAUACACAUGGUAUAUAGUAUGUCAUCAGAUCUCACCGAAAAAAUGAUUUGAUCUCACACCCAAAAUAUAUAGAGUUAAAUCGACUUGUAACCGACAUAUCACACAUGUAAAAAACCACAAUAGUGCUAUUAAGUCUUCAUUUCAAUCCAGAAGUCAGAGCGUCUGAUUUAGUUAGAAUCUCCAUUGGAGUCGGGAAAUCUUAGCAAAACUCCAAGCCAACUUUGCUUAAACCCUUGAUUAACAUUAUCAGGAUCCAGUACUAAUGUUGUUUAUUUGGACGUAUGAUUAUAAUUUUUUUUUUUUGAAUUAUGCAUGGAUAUCCUGGACCACUUUCACGUGUUACCACGUGCCGGUUUUCUAUUUUUCGCGAUGCCAAAAUAUUAAAUUUUCAGUGACCAAAACUUUAACUCUGGUAGCUUCACCAUAUUAAGCUUUUUUCUUUAAAUUAACCACCACCAAACCACAAAUCCUGGUCUGUGAUUAUAAUCUUCGUUGUAUACAUAUAAGACAUUGUUGAUGUUUUUUUAUCCAGAUGUCUAAACUUUUUUGUUUAUUUAUUUCUAUAUUAUUUGUAAGACAAAAUAUCGCGUGCUGGUGUCAAGUAUUUAACCUAAAGCUCGAUAAAACUGUAUCAGUAUUGGUCUUAUAUUAACAACGUACGCUUACAGAUAUCAGAUAUUUAUUAAAACUAUUUUAAAAAGCGUCUCAACUUCAUAUAUAGAGAUUUGUUGCUGGGUGACUUGAAGUUUUAAUUUGUUGGUAUAAAUGGUUGGUAUUGCUACCUUAUCAUCUAGGUUAAAAUUCGCAUAAUCUAUGAUGAUAACAAAUUUUGUUUGCUAUUGUACAAUACCUAUGAUGCUGAUCCUUUAAUAGGUUUGAUUUGCUUGAUUGCUUGAAAAGUAUGACUGUGGAUAAGUAACUAGAUAUGAAAACCAAACUUUCACAACAAGUUCAAAUAUAUAAAAAAAAUAAAAGCAAAAACACACAUACAACUAAAGUGAAAAGAACAAAAGAGUUUUGACAACGAUGAGAAAAGAGAGCAAAUGGAAUACGAAACUGAGAGAUUUAAAAGUAGGCCAAAGGCAUAUCGUUAUCCGAUCCAAACACAAAGGUGCAGUACUUUUUAAGCCUCUCCAUAUAGCAUGUUCCUCAAUUUUUAGGUAAAUCAAUCUUCUGAGAUGUUGGUACGAUUAUUUAUCAUAUAGUUGUCACAUAUCACUCGUUGAAUAUCGGUCCCAGCAUCAGCAUGUGAUAUGGCUGUAUAUAUUGUACAAUGCAAAUAUAGCUUACUAUUCGUUUAAAAACGCCUAGGGUAUUCUAGAUUCUUCCUACACUAGCCAACAUCGGUUUGCCGUGCGAUUGCAUCUCGGUAAACCGUGGGCAGAGAAUUAGGCUUUCAUUGUUCGCACGUAGUUUUUGCGGUUACAUAAAAAAAAUUGUUACCAAAUUAAAUUUUGUUUUUGUUUAUUAUUUUUCAAACAUCAGGUCAUUUAGAAGAAAAACAUAAAGCUAAUUAAAACAUACAACGUUUUUUUCUGGAAAUAACAACAUACAAAAUAGGAUGUUAAUCAAAAAUAUACUUCACCUCUCUUACUUUUCAUGUAAGCACAGCGACUUUUUUGUGAUCCGUUAACAUUCACAUCGAUCCAUCAACGGAUAGCCUCAAUUGCAGGUCCACAUUUCUCUAUACCUAUGGUUUCAACUUCAAGCAACCAUCUAUUGAAGUGUCAACUGAUAAAGUAAGUCAAGUCAUUAGUUAUAUAAAAGAAAAUCCAUUAGUUAUGACAAAUGCUUCUCCUUAAAUCGCCUCACAUUAUCACCUGUCGGCAUAGCAAGUUGUACCAUUUGCUCAUAGAUUGAUUCCAUCUCGAUAGCAUUAUAUUGUUCCUAACUAGUGAUCUAGUGUCUCUCUUGUCUCAUAGAACACUAAAAGAUCAAUUCCCUCCGUUUCUUAUUUUCCCUUGGUUCUUUUCAUAGCCACACACACACACAAGAAGAAGAACCAAUUUAGACGAGAUAUAGGUUUAACAUUUGCACCAAAAAAAGUUUAGGCAAUAUUUAGGAAGAUUGUUUUUAUAAUUUGAGUAAUCAUGGCCGAUGUCUAAACUAGUUGCGAAACCUGUGGAAGACUCUCUUUUUUUUCUCUAAGGAUAAUUAUAUGUUUAUGGCAAACUCUCGUUUCCAUUUGGCAUCCAUAUUGUGUUAUUUUGUUCGAUAUGGAAGAUCAGAUUUAAUAUUCAUAGGAAAAAUGAAUAUCUUAAACCGCAGGAUUGCAUAAUUAUUUUAUAAAUUUGGUACUCGCUAUAGACGAAAUUCAGUAAUUAUCCAUCCACACCCACAUGCAAAAUUUGAGAAACAAACAAAAAGUUUCUCACCACAUUAUUAUCUCACUCACAUGAAUCCAAAUCCUCCUCCAACCUCACAUUAUUUAACAUUAUACACAAUAAUUUUCUCAAUAAAAGAAAAAAUAAUAACAUAGACAUAUGUCACCUAUGUCUAUCUAUAUAUACAUCCUAGAAAGACCACCUGUGUAUGAAUUAUAUAACCUUAAAUCCAGAAAAGCCAGAGACUAUUACAAGAAAGAGCAUAUUAGUCUGAUCAUUUUCCACAGACAAUGAUGUCCUCAUCAUCAUCUGCCACCGAUACUAUAGCUAAGCCGCCGCCGUCGUCGGCUGUUGAGUCUGUCACGUGCGACACGUGCGGUUUCGCUGAGGAGUGCACGCCGGCUUACAUCUACCGUGUCAAGGAACGCCACAGGGGACACUGGCUUUGUGGGCUCUGCGCGGAGGCUGUGAAGGACGAGGUGGUUCGAUCUCCGACAAGAAUCUCCGUAGAGGAAGCUCUUCGCCGCCACACAACGUUCUGCCACCGGUUUCGUUCAUGGAGCGCCGAGGAGGAGGAGGAAGAUCCUAUUGCAGUCAUUGGAAGAAUUCUACGGAGGAGUCUCGAUGACUCUCCUCGGAGAACCACCACGAGGACGAGCUCAAGCGGAGCUUUGCCUGGGAUCGACGAUGUAGCGGCACGACGGUCGCUUCUCCGAUCUGGGAGCUGUUUCUCGUCUCUCUCUACUUGAUUAAAUAUGUUAGGUGUAAAGUUGCAUUGCUUUUCCUUAAUUUUUGUUAAAGAUUUGUUAUUUUGUAUGACGUUAGUCUUUCUUAAUCAGUGAUUCAGAGGAGUUAAUAAAAUGGUCAAUGACCAAAGCAUUCUGUGAUC